AUGUCGGUAUUGAAUAACACACGCCUCCCUGUGGGAAACAAAGACUUUACGCAUGCCACCGUGGUCAUUAUUGGCGCUGGCAUAUCGGGAAUAUGCAUGGCAAUCGACCUGAUCAAACGGAAUAAAACUCAAAAUUUCCUUAUUCUGGAGCAAAGUAGCAGCGUCGGUGGAACAUGGAAUGACAACAAGUAUCCCGGCUGUUGCUGCGACGUGGCGAGCUCGCUUUACAGUUACUCGUUUGAACAAAGGCACGAUUGGUCAAGGGAAUUUUCCGGGCAAGAAGAACUCAAACAGAAGUAUCUCGUUGGCAUCGCAGAGAAACAUGGACUCUACAAGCAUAUCCGAUUCAACUCCAGGGUAGAAGAAGCUCGGUGGAAUGACACUGAAUCCAAGUGGAAGACAAGCGUCGUGCUAUCCGGGCAAAAGGACAGCGAAUUCUCGAGCUCAUAUGUCUUAAGCUCCGACUUUCUUGUCUCCGCUGUCGGACAACUUAAUUUACCCCGAUAUCCUGAUAUCCCGGGCCUAGAUGAUUUUGAAGGGAAAAUAAUGCACUCUGCUCGAUGGGACUGGAGUUAUGAUUUUACAGGAAAGCGGAUCGCAAUCAUUGGAAACGGAGCAACUGCUGCUCAAAUCGUCCCUGAAGUUGCUCAGGUUGCUUCUCAUCUCACUAUUUAUCAGCGAACGCCAAACUGGGUUAUUCCUCGCGGCGAUAGACCAAUAUCCAACCUUGAAAAAACCCUUCUCAAAUGGCUCCCACUACUUCUCUGGCGCAAGCGGGCGCUACAAAUGGAUUAUCGGGAGAGUUUCUAUUCGGCUGUUGCAGAUGAAAGCUCAGGCUUUGCCCAUAUGAUUCGGAACUUAUGCACCGAAACCAUGAAAUCCCAACUAGCGGAGAACCCCGAGCUAUGGGACGUGCUAACGCCCAAAUAUGCGCCGGGAUGCAAGCGAAUCAUCAUUACAGAUGACUACUAUCCCACCCUUGCCCGUGACAAUGUCAGCUUGGAGGUUCGGGGUAUCACAUCUGUCACGGACAGCAGCAUUGAAGUCGACGAAGAGGAUGAACAGCCAUACGAUCUUAUUAUUCUUGCCACUGGCUUCAGGACCGUGGAGUUCAUGCACCCCAUUCAAAUUUAUGGUUCGAAUGGCCGGUCCCUGCAGGAUAUCUGGAAGAAUGGAGCGAUGGCCUUCAAUGGUGUGACAGUCGAGGACUUGCCCAACUUCGGAAUGUUCUACGGUCCCAACACUAAUCUCGGACACAACUCUAUCAUCCUCAUGAUCGAAGCACAGUCGCGGUAUCUAAACACACUGGUUGGCGAAGUCAUCAGAGCUCGUCAGGAGGGGAAGACGCUGGCUCUCAAGCCAGAGCCGGGGGCUUUGAAAAGCUUUAACAAUAGAAUACAGGCAAUUCUCCGGACUACUAGCUUUGCAGAUCCAAAUUGCAACAGUUGGUAUAAGAGAGAUGACGGGGUCAUCACCAAUAAUUGGUCAGGGACUGUGGUUGAUUAUCAGCAAGAGCUUUCGAAUGUACAGUGGCAAGACUAUAUUGCUGAGGGAACUUGGAAGGACCACAUCACGGACAAGGCUGCGACAAAAGUGGGCCAUGUUAAGGAAGAGACCUUGUUGAGCAAUACUUCCUUGCUCGUGGGAGCGAGCAGUAUAUUAGCGACGAUUGGUUAUUUGGCAGUAGCUCGCUCAAGAGGGCCCAAGAUGCGGUGA